AUGGCAGGGACUCGUUUAAAGCAACCGCUUCUCUCCAGCCCCAUCGAUCGAGAGCAGUUCAGAAAUCUCUUCCCUAAUUCCACUAUCGCUGCCGCCAACACGACAACAUCAGUACAUCCUGCUAGCACAACAGCAGGUACCACAGAUGCAAAUUCACCAUCCUCUACUAGUGCAACGCUAGCCUCGAAAACUCCAUUAAGUUCAAGCAAUAAACGCGUUCCCGGGGCAGCAGUCGUAGGGGUAGCCUUCGCUUGCCUGAUCAUCGGAGCAGCCAUUGCCGUCGCUAUGCUGUUCUUCCUCUCUACCCGACGCAAGAGGAGGCAGGCAGAUUCGUAUAAACGACAUAUUCCAUCGUCGGAGAAGGGCGCUUUACUGCCACAGCCCGUUGAAGAUGAUGCAAUUAAGAAAGUGCUCUCCCGGGUCCGCGAUAAUAUCAAGAAUCAUGCACGAUCAUACUAUCAUCUUGAGAUGGUGCCAGUUACUGAGCUAGAUGAGUCGCAAUUGAGUGGUUUAGCUGCUGCCGUUGGCAUCAAUGCUUCCACACUCACUGGCAUAUUCUUAAACCCUUCCACUCGAGAGGAAGCAAUCCGUCUAUUCAUCGCGUGGAUCGCCAUAUCAAGAUGCUCGGACGAACGACACCCAACAUUCCUCCCUGACGAGUUGUCCAGCCUAGCUAUCGCCAUGCCAGGCAAGGACGGAACAAACAGCAACCAAGCUGCACUGUUCAGUGAGUGGAAGACGAUUACCGGGGCCUUGCUGCAGCAACGGUAUGGGAAACAGUCGGAAGAAGCAGCUGCGACGGCGCGCAGCGUGGCGGAAGCCAUUGAAGAAUUGAAUUCAGUUCUAGCGCCUUUCGUUGUCAGCAAAGUUAAUAGAGACCGACGCCAAAAGAAUCUUGAGAUGAUCAUGCAACGGUCGGCGAAACUAGCUUUCCUUUUGUUUUCUCAGCCUGGUACAUUUCGCUUCGACUUUACUGGACAAAAUGGGGUCAUGACCAUUUUUCCAGCUCUCUUCCAGGUGAUUGGCGACCAGGCACAGACUCUAAGCCCGCCCAGGCCUCUUUGGGAGAAGGAAAUUGCGGUAGAAGGGCAGGUCUGA